AUGCUUUACUCUUUUAACAACUAUAAAAUCAAGCACAUCAAUGGGAACAAUAAUGGUAAACCACCUUAAGUUCCAAAUGCUAAAAAUAAUGCAAAAUCAUAGAUAGAUGAUGCAAGAUCUCUAUAUAGUUCUUAACCUAGACUGAUUGACUAAAAACUGGCUGAUAUCAAGCACAGAGAGAGGAUGAAAUCAGUAAAAAAGAAAAAGAAGGUAGUAUAGAUUGAAGAGUUUGGGAGUAUGUUUCAGUCACAGAGUUAGCAAGACAUUACUUCUAGCACAAGUGAUUCAUAUCGAAAUAAAUAAUGUGCAACAACAGGAGUAAAAAGUCAAGUGCAAAUCGAGGUUGAGGAAUCUGAAAGCAGCUAAAAUUCUAAUAAAUCAGAUAGACAAGUUAAUCAAUAACAAUAGUCUUAGUUGCGACAUACAAAUACAUCAUCAAGCAAAUAAAGACUACCUGUAGUAGUGGAGGAGAAUACUGAAGAAGAUGAGUAGCUUGAAAGCAAGAAACGUCCUCUCUCAUAAAAAUUUAAUAGUUCGGGGAAGAAAUCUAACUAUGAUUAAUCUUUAAUAAGUGCUCAUGUGAGUGAUGCCACUCGGCCAUCUUACAACAGCAGUCAUAACUAAAGUGAAAAGACAUCUGGGAAAUAAACUAGAUUUAAUGAUCAUGAAGAGUAAAUGAUAAUGAAUAAAAUAACUAGAAUGGGGAAAAAUUAUUGA